AUGGACGAGAAUCGUGUAGAUGAAGUUUCUGUUGGUUCCGUAGAUGCUCAACAACUCCUGCAAAUUGCAACAUCUUCUGGCAAUGCAAUAGAAGGCGGAUAUCAGCUAGAAACCUCUAUUUCCACCAAUAGUGGCAACAAUGAACAAGAAGAAGGUGUGACAUCAAACAGGUCCGAGUCAGACUACACUAGUUUGGGGUUGGCAUUCAAAACCAUUGAGGAAACAAAACAAUUCUACAAGAACUAUGCUCGCGAUCUUGGCUUCAGCGUGAGGGACAUGGGAGCUGUCAAACGUUCCACAAAAAGACAGCCAACCAAAACAACACGAUAUGCUAGGUAUUGCUGCAUCAAAGAAGGAUACAGACCACAAGCAAGUCAAAUCCCAAGAAUAAAGGAUCAAUCGAUGUCAAGGCUUAUCAACGUGCUGUACCAGAAACUAGAGUUGGCUGCCCAGCUAUAA